ACAGUCUCCGAGUAAACACGAAACAGCGUUGAAGUCGCGCUCGCUCAUUCGUAAAGUCAAGUUCGCAAUCUCUGACGAGUGAGCUAAAAAAAGGCGCCUUUUUUGUUGAGUGUUCUCCUUUUUCAAUGAUCUCAAAACCAAACUCAUCUUAAAUAAUGCCUGAAUCGAUUCCGCUCAACAAACCCCUUCAUCAAAUCAAAGCUCUCUCCUUUUUUCUUUUUCUCAUUCUGGGUUCAGGGUUGGUGAGGUCCUACGAGUGUUGUUGUUGUUUCAAAUUUUUGAGGUCUAGGUACGUAUCUUGAGCUUUAAUCUCAAAUGAGGAAUCUAGGGUUAGUCCAAAUUACUCUGCUUUGUUAUCUCUUUCUCUACUCCCGUACAAAUUCUUUUGUCUCCUGUUUAAACUCUGAGGGUUUGGCUUUACUCUCGCUUCUCGAGCAUUUUGAUAAAGUCCCAUUUAAAGUAGCUUCGACGUGGAAGAAGAACACAUCUGAAACCACUCCAUGUGGUAACUGGUUUGGUGUCAGUUGUGGUAGUUCUGGUAAUGUCGAGAUGCUUGAUUUGCCUGCUUCUGGGGUUUCAGGCCAAUUAGGUUCUGAAAUAGGGGAGCUUAAGAGCUUGGUGAUUCUGGAUCUAAGUAACAACAGUCUCUCUGGUGUAUUGCCUUCUAGUUUAAGGAACUGUACUUCACUUGAGUUUUUGGAUUUGUCUAACAAUGGCUUUUCCGGAGAAGUUCCUGAUAUCUUUGGUAGCUUGAAGAACUUGACGAAUCUCUAUCUUGAUCGUAAUACUCUUCGUGGUCUGAUUCCUCCAAGUGUUGGCGAAUUGGUAAACCUCGUAGCUCUGAGUCUGACUCGUAAUGACUUGUCUGGCACCAUUCCCGAGUCGAUUGGGAACUGCAGUAAGCUGAAGUAUCUGGCUUUGAACGGGAACAAGUUAAAUGGUUCUUUGCCUGUGAGUCUCAAUCUACUUGAGAAUCUUGGUGACUUGUUUGUUAAUAACAACAGUCUUGGAGGGAGGCUUCACUUCGGUUCUAGCAAUUGCAAGAAGUUGGUGAAUUUAGAUCUGUCUUACAAUGGUUUCCAAGGUGGUGUUCCGCCUGAAAUUGGCAAUUGUAGUAGCCUUCACUCUCUAGCCAUCAUCAACUGCAACUUAACAGGUACAAUACCAUCAUCCUUGGGUAUGUUGAACAAGGUUUUGUCUAUUGACCUUUCUGAUAACCGUCUCUCGGGUAGUAUCCCUCAAGAGCUUGGGAACUGUAGCAGCUUAGAAACCUUGAAGCUGAACAACAACCAGCUCCAAGGCGAGAUACCUCCUGCAUUGGGAAAGCUAAAGAAGCUACAAAACCUGGAGCUUUUUGUGAAUAAGCUGUCCGGUGAGAUUCCUAUUGGCAUAUGGAAGAUUCAGAGUCUGACACAGGUGCUCGUUUAUAACAACACUCUCACCGGGGAAUUACCAGUUGAAGUAACUCAGCUGAAGCACCUUAAGAAUCUUACGCUGUUUAACAACAGCUUUUAUGGAGAGAUACCAAUGACGUUAGGCAUGAAUCAGAGCUUAGAGGAGGUGGACCUUCUUGGUAACCGUUUUACAGGGGAGAUACCACCCUAUCUCUGCCAUGGACAGAAGUUGAGAAUUUUCGUCUUGGGUUCUAAUCAGCUUCAUGGUACGAUACCAGAGUCUAUUCGUCAGUGUAAGACCCUAGAGAGAGUCAGACUUGAAGAAAACAAGCUUACAGGUCUUCUUCCGGAAUUCCCUGAGUGUCAUAGUCUUUCCUACGUGAACCUCAAAAGCAACAACUUCAAAGGAUCUAUCCCGCGCAGCUUAGGAGGCUGUAAGAAUCUCAUUACCAUUGACCUUUCUCGAAACAAACUCACGGGUCUGAUACCUCCAGAACUGGGAAAUCUGCAAAGCCUUGGAGAGUUGAAUCUUUCACAUAAUCAUCUGGAAGGUCCUCUGCCAUCCCAGCUAUCAGGUUGUGCGAGAAUGCUGUACUUUGAUGUAGGGUCAAACUCAUUGAACGGUUCUGUUCCAUCGAGCUUCAGAAGCUGGAAAAGCUUGUCCACUUUAGUUCUCAGUGACAAUAGAUUUUUAGGAGCUAUUCCACUGUUCUUGGCUGAGCUUGACCGCCUCUCAGAUCUGCGGAUAGCUCGAAAUGCUUUUGGAGGUGAGAUUCCUUCAUCGGUUGGCUUGUUAAAGAGUUUACGCUAUGGCUUAGACCUUAGUGGCAACGACUUUACAGGUGAGAUUCCAACCGCAUUNUACCUCUGCAUUCAGCCUCCUUACUCAGCAAGUGCCAUAACCCGCAACGAGUUUAAAUCUUGCAAAGGUCAAGCCAAACUUAGCACCUGGAAGAUCGCCCUUAUAGCAGCUGGAUCCUUUCUAUCUGUAUUGGCUUUGCUUUUUGCGGUGUUUUUGGUCUUCCGCUGCUGCAAAAGAGGAGCCAAAAAAGAAGAUGCUAAUAAUGUACUCGCCGAGGAAGAAGGUCUAUCCUUGUUGCUGAACAAAGUUCUUGCAGUCACUGACAAUCUAGAUGACAAGUACAUUAUUGGAAGAGGAGCCCAUGGAGUUGUUUACAGAGCCUCUUUAGGGUCAGGCGAAGAAUACGCUGUGAAGAAACUCAACUUUGCGGAACACGUACGCGCAAACCAAAAUAUGAAGAGGGAGAUUGAAACAAUCGGGCUAGUCAGGCACAGAAAUCUAAUUCGGUUAGAAAGAUUUUGGAUGAGGAAAGAAGAUGGCUUAAUGCUGUAUCAGUACAUGCCAAAUGGAAGCCUGUAUGACGUUUUGCACAGGCGUAAUCAAGGAGAAGCCAUUUUUGACUGGUCUGCACGGUUCAACACAGCCCUUGGGAUUGCACACGGACUGGCUUAUCUACACCAUGAUUGUCAUCCACCAAUCAUUCACCGCGACAUCAAACCAGAGAACAUACUGAUGGACUCGGAUAUGGAGCCUCACAUUGGAGAUUUUGGAUUGUCUCGGAUUCUAGAUGACUCAAAGGUUUCAACUGCCACCGUUACAGGCACAACUGGGUACAUUGCACCAGAAAAUGCUUACAAGACAGUGAGGAGCAAGGAAUCAGAUGUUUACAGUUAUGGAGUUGUUUUGCUCGAGCUGGUAACAGGAAAGAGAGCAGUGGACAGAUCUUUCCCGGAGGAUACCAAUAUCAUGAGCUGGGUCAGAUCUGUAUUAAGUAGCUACGAAGAUGACGAUGAUACUGCUGGUCCAAUCGUUGAUCCAACACUUGUGGAUGAGCUUCUGGAUACGAAGCUUAGGGAACAAGCAAUCCAAGUUACAGACUUGGCCCUAAGGUGCACAGACAAGAGGCCGGAGAACAGACCAUCCAUGAGAGAUGUGGUGAAACUUUUGACUGAUUUAAAAGAUUUUGUAAGAAGCACUUCAGGUUCAGAUCAGUAGUAUUGGAUUUUGCAUGUUCAUAGUUUACUGUAAUUUGAGAAUCAUUGCUGAAACAGAAGGGACAUAUGUAUGAAGGUUUAGAAACAAGCUGCCAGGCCACUAAUAUAAAUGUAACUAGGCCACUAAUAUAAAUGUAACUAUAAUUGUGAAAAUUUGAGAAACAUACUGUAUAUA